AAAUUGUUAGCAUUUCUUUUGAGUUUUCAGUGAAAUUCGUCGGCUACGGUUUGCAUGUCGUAGAGCGCCUUUUUUAAUUUUGCAUUUGCGUUUUGCCUAUUAGAAGGAAAGGUUCAAAGUUCUUUUUAAGAAGGAGAUCUUUUUUAUUGUUCACUAAAUAUUACAUGUAAGCAAUCACGACAGUCUGUUUCUGUGUGGUUUUCUGAUUCACUCUGUAAAUAUUAUUAAUCCACGAGUACGCCACAUAUAUUGGAACGAAUCGCUUUGCAACGUGAUUCAUGUCCAUUGGUGUGAAUGUGACGUUGAAAGAGAGAAAGACAGAGAAACAGAGCGCGGGAGAUCAUCUAACCGAGUGGAUUCGCGGGUCGAGUAUGGUGUGAUAAGGUGACCAUCGCUGGGGCACGUUUUCAUAUGUAUUUGAACAACUGGAGCCCUAUAAACUCCCAUGCAGUGAGCGAAUGAAUGAGAAAAGAGCGACACGGGCGAAUGGAUAGCGUGUCUUUGAGCUAGCCGUCAGCGUCAGAAAGAAUCGAGACAAACAAACGAAUGAAAAAUAGUGGUGUCAUUUAUUAUAAUGUUUAUUACGAUGUAUUUAUAUUAUCCAUUUUCACAUUUCUGUCUCGAUUCAUUCGCCGAGCGUUUAAACGAAAUUUCCAAUACCAGACCAGUGUUCCACAGGCAAGUGUGUUUUUAUAGAAGGAAGCAAUUCGCUACCAACCAGUCAUUAGAGAUGCAGACUCAGUGAACAGAAAAAAAUAAAUAUAACAAACCCUGGAAGGACAUAUAUCAAUUAAUUGAACUGGAAGCAACUGUGUUCGUUAGAGUGAUAUUUCUAGCAUAAUAAUACUGAAGGUUUCGCAGAGACUAUCCGUAAUUGACAUUAGAGUGAUUCCACAAUUUGCGUCAUGCAACGACGUACGCCAGCAUCGUCGCAACAAAAUAAAGACAAUGCGGCCAAUCGUCUUCAGCAGCAGCUGAAGAAACCAUCGGAGGGUGGAAGCACGAAGAAAAGCUCCAAUCAGGACAGCGAUGCAGAUGACACCGCGAGCAGCGGGGGAGGCACUGGUGGUGGAUCAAUGGCUCCUUCAACUGUGAACAAAGAUGAGGAUGAUAUUUACGAGUUCAAAUCUACCCCGAAGGAUUCCGGAUCCAGUUCUAGCGAUGAAAAGGAAAGCAAUUGCGACAAAAGCGAGAAAUCAUCUGCCGAGAAGGGUAACACAAACGGAGGUGAUGGGGACUCGAAUCAAAACAACGCAGCUUCUGGAUCAACAAGCUCCGGAGCCGGAAACUCGGGCAUUUCAAAGCGACCGUUUUCGGAAGUGAGUGAUCCUCUGGAAGACAGCUCUAGCACACCAAAUGAUGACGAUAACAAAAGAAAGAAGCGUAAGGAUUCAGACACAACUAAUAAGGAAACCACAAAAGGCGGAGCAGGAACUAACCGUGGUUCUGCUCCACGACUGGAGAAGAGUAGUAAAUCAUCGGGACCACCGUCAAAAAAUCUGAGUUUGACGGGCAAAAGUGCUCUCGAUCGUAAGAGUCCAUGCGCAAGCCCUAAACCCGCAACCGGGGGAACAGUCGGCUCUACUAACAAAGGAUCCAACAACAAUAAUACCAACGACAGCGAUGGUGAAGGGGAUGACAGCGGUAGCAAAAAUAGCGACACAAGUUUCCCAAGUGGUGGCGGGCCGAAGGUUCCUCCGCUCAAGAUUGUCAUACCACAGCAAAGCUCCAGUGGCGAUACUGAUGCCAGCGGAAGCUCCAGAAAUGGCAAAAAUGCUUCGGCACGGAAUCAUGCCGCGUUGCCAUACGUGGUUGCCUCUUCCAACAGUAAUGAUUCCAGUGCCGACAAAGAGAGCACCUCGUCUCGUUCCGCAAGCCCGUCGGAUUCCAAAAGUUCGGACGAAAAGACGACAUCAAAAUCGAGCGAAGACCGUGCUCAAGCUCGCGUACUGCGAAGUCAUCGCGGAGGAGGGACUGGUUCAUCGGAAGGCGACAGAAGCCGCAGUAAAGAUAAUCAGAGCGAUCGAUCGGUAGAUCGUUCUAACAACUCAUCCCCGCAAAUGCAGCAGAGCAGUGCGGCACCCUCUCCGGCUUCUAACAGUGGUGAUGCAGCUGCCGGAGGUAGCGCUGGUGGAGGAAGCUGUUCAAGUACCGGUGGUGGAACGUCUAGUAAGGAUAGCAACCACGCAAGUCCGGCCGCCGGCGGCAAUCAGAAAGAAGCAGAACCAGAAAAUGAAACCAAUGGUGGAAGCAACAGUAAUCCAAAAAGUCCACCUGUUUCAACUACUUCGACUUCUUCUACAACUACGACUACUAGCAGUACUAGUGGCAGUAAUGCGGGUUCAAAUGUAAACCAGAACAAUCAAUCGAAUACUACAAGUUCCAGUACCACAUCAGAAACGGCAGUGCACCCACGAAAGAGGAAAAUUAAAACUAGCAAGGAUGCGUCAUCUUCAACGGCGUCAAGCUCAUCCACUGUGUCAGCUUCUACAGCAUCGGCGUCCUCAUCAAACGAAGAGAAAAAAGAAAUUAAAGACGAAACUCCGGACGUACACCCGCACGAUCAGCCAAUCACUAACUGUUAUCAAAUGUUUCUAAAUAUCAGACGGCAAAUCGAACGACGGCAACGAUGUCUAUUCCCAGUGCAACCCAAACCCCCACAAGGUUUUAAAGAUUACUUACUGAAUCGUUGCGCUUACGCUCUGGCUGGUAAAACUCCAUCUGAGCCGAAUAUUCAACCUCCAACAACGAUACAACCACAAAUGAAAGAUAUUUUCGGCCUUCAAGAAAAAGAACGCCACAAGUUGAAAAUGCAACACAUUGUUGAAAAGGAAAAACUUGUUUUAGCAGUCGAACAAGAAAUAUUGCGAGUGCAUGGUCGCGCAGCUCGGGCUCUCGCUAACCAAUCGCUGCCCUUUUCUGUAUGCACUAUUCUAAAGGAUGAAGAAGUGUACAAUAUAAUUACUCCGGAGCAGGAGGAGAAAGAUCGCAACGCAAGAUCUCGGUAUAACGGAAGACUGUUCCUCAGUUGGCUACAGGAUGUCGACGACAAAUGGGAAAAAAUUAAGGAAGCUAUGCUCCUGCGACAUCAUAACGAGGCGGAGAGUUUGCACGCGGUCCAGAAAAUGGACUGGGAGUGGAAGAUGAAGGAAAAUCUACUUUGUGAAUUUAAGGCAAAACCUGUUAUUGAUGAUACCCAUGUGCCGAUGGUAAAUGUAAGCGACGAUUUUGAUCUAUUACCGGCCUAAGGUCCGAUACAAAAACUAAUGCGAGAGCUAAUGACACUCAUAGAUAAGCUAUGUAGCAGAUAGCCCUGUAGAUUUACAAACAGUAGUUCAUACUGUAUUUUAUGUAAGACAAAUCUUAAAAUGAAUUAGUUUAAGUAUGAUUAAAUUUUUUAAUCAAUAUAUGCCUGUUAUUUUUUUAA